AUGGCAAAACGGACGAGACUAGCAUCAGAGACACAGGAGCUUCGGGCAUGUGUGGAGUGCCGGGUGGCUAAGACAGUUCUGACAUGCUCCAAGCGACGAAAGAGCAAGUGUUCUGGAACAGCUCCAUGCUCUUACUGCUCGAGGACUCAAAAACGAUGUCGCUUCGAGCGUGUACCAUCACGGACACCGUUGACUCGCAAGAACCUUGAAGAGAAGGAGCAGCUUUGUGAGAAGUUGAUGACCCUUGUCCGAAACUUGGGUCCGAACAUCGACAUCGAAGAAGCACUGAAAGAAUUAGCAGGGGCCGGACAGGGGCAUGAUACCAAUGAAACCGACCACAACAGCUUGCUAGGUGUAAGCCCUGGUGCGAAGAGUCCCACCCCAUUAGAGAACUUUGAAUGGAACGAGGAUCUAAUGACCCCGUCUAAUCCGCCAAACAAGUCUCUCGAUGGAAUGGCAUCACUGCCAACCGAAGGGUCCGGAUCCGGUUACUUAGGAAACUCAUCUGGGUCAUGUAUACUGGAAACCAUCUCAGAUUUACUACCCAAGCAUCCUGCUCCUUUGGUUACCCGAAGGGGACAACACCCUGCAAACUCGACCAUGUUAGCGAGUCCGCACAUUCUGAGGGAACUUGAUAACUCUAUCCUCACGGACUCUCUAAUGGACGCCUAUUUCGGGUGGUAUAACAAAUCAUUUCCCAUUCUACAUGAAAAGACGUUCAGAGAGAAGUACCAGAACCGCCAUCAUACCCCACCUCACUCCACAUGGCACUUGAUUUUCUAUGUCGUUCUGGCAAUCGGUGACUGGGUGAUAUCCGGUGGCUCCAAAGUAGAGGAGUCCAGAUUUUACAUGGCUGCACGAUCGCGUAUGUCAAUAAGUCUGCUGGAGUCGGGUGCACUUCUCACAGUUCAAGCGUUCCUCUUGAUGGGGAAUUUUCUCCAAAAACGGGAUCGACCAAAUACCGGAUACAACUUCAUUGGAAUAGCAUAUCGAAUGGCUCUUGGACUGGGCCUCCAUCGUGAACCAAUGAGGGAAUCGACACACGACACCUUGAGUAGCGAAAGAAGAAGAGUCGUGUGGUGGAUUGUUUACUCAUUUGACAGCGGAUUUAGUCUGACUACAGGAAGGCCCCUGAUGUUGUCGGACUGUUUCAUCGAAACCCAACUCCCUCGCAAUAUCGAAGACUCGACUUACCCAUUAGAUUCUAUAGUCCCACUCCCCAUCGACAAACCAACUACAUAUUCCGCGAUAAUAGCACAGGCUCAAUUAUCACGCAUCGGAAACACCGUAUUCUGUAACGUGAUAGCAGGUCCAAAGAAGGAUCUAGAUAUGAAGACCCCACGAUCACUCGAUCAUCAGCUCAAGGCCUGGAGACUCUCACUGCCGCUCUACUUCACGGCCCAUGAUGUUCCAACAUGGUUCCGCGGACCUCGAGCAAUAGUCAGCUGGAAGGAACAAAACCUGCGAAUGAUGCUAUGGUGGGGAACUCAGCGUAUAUGCGGUUCUCCGUCAGACAGCGAAGAAGCCCGAAACAUGUGCCACUAUGCCGCCGUAGAGUGUAUCUAG